AUGAGAGCCUUCAAAGCCACUUCGCUGCUAAACCUCAUACUCCUGCCACUUUGUGCUUCUCACUUCAUUAUCUUGACACCGCCGCCUUUGGGGAACAACAUCAACAAUGAGGACCAAUCACCCUGCGGCGGUUUCAGCCCCUCGAGCUCCGACAACAUCACAGAUUUCCAUGUCGGAGGCGACGCUAUCGGUCUCACAACCCUUCACGCACAAGCAUAUUUCGCCUAUCGUGGGUUGCUUGGCACGUCUCUGUCGAACCCAAACUGGACUGUCCUGAUCCCGACCGUCGAAGAAUUUGGCCUGAACAGUUUCUGCCAACCUGCGCUCACAGUCCCUCCUUCUUGGGCAGGAUCGACUGGUUUGCUCCAGGUCAUCCAGGACGCGGAAGACGGCGUACAUUACCAGUGCAUGCAUGUGAACUUCGUUGCAGGAACUGGCACACCGUCAUCAGCAUGCAGCAAUUCGUCCGGUGUUUCUGCCACGUAUGCAGAUGAUCCCACGUUCGACACUAUCGAGGGUGUUGGAGGCUCGCCGUCUUCGACACAACCUUCUACGACACCAACCCAGACAGCGUCGCCGUCCACGUCCUCAGCCCCAGCUUCUUCAUCGGCCUCGACUUCCGCUGCUGCACCAUCGAUGAGACUUAGGAUUGCAGAAGCUUCGCUUUGGGCUGGGCUGUUGGCGGUGCUGGUUGCUUCCUGGACAUAA